UCCCAUGUGGAGUUGCCACAUUGCCUCCGAUUGUGUCCUCCACGGCAGUGUCCUCAGGUUUCAUGUGGAUUUACCCAGUAAUGGAUGACUCUGCCAAGACCAGACUGAGCAAGCGCAGCCUCGAAGACACCAGGGGCCUGGGAACUUCAAAAAGAAGACUCUUUUUAUUAAUAUUUUGGUGUUCUUCCUUCAGAGAAACUCUUGGGAUAUAGCCCUCACCUAUUUCCGGAAUCUGGCAUCUCAGCACCCUCUGGAAAGCACCGAUCUAAAUAUACCCUGCUGUGAAUCACCCCACUGAUAAAGGCCUUUGCCUUGUUUGUUGACCACUGAUCUUGUGCAGUGCUACUGAUCUUACUUGGGAAAUGUUGCUUUUUGUUUAGUCUUUAAAGGUAGUAUUCAUCAAAGAGACUAUACUCAAGAAUACCCAAGGCUGAAUUAGAGGACAUAGAUGGUUUUUCUUUUUGUUUUUUCUUAUUACAACACUAAGGGGAGUGUACUAUGUUCCCGGCCCCUCUCACUUAGAGGAACAAGGAUUACACAGAAAUUUGAAAUUUCAACAAGAAAAACUUAGGAUUCCAGGGAUUCCCACAUCAAAGAAAAGCUGCAAGCUUUCAGAAAGAGUUUUCCUUUGAUGAUAAAGAAGAACCUGCCAAGCACAGGAGAGGCCUUGAUGCUAAGUGCUUAGCUGUGCUCCCGAAAGUUGCAGAAUUAAGAAAAAUCUUUGAACCAAAGAGGAAAGACUUUUUAGAAAUGAAAAGAAAAGAAAGAAUUGCUAGGCGCUUAGAAGGAAUAGAAAAUGACUCCCAGCCCAUCCUGUUGCAGAGCUGCACGGGGCUAGUGACUCAUCGGCUGCUGGAAGAAGACACACCCAGAUACAUGCGUGCCACAGACCCUGCAAGCCCUCAUACUGGGCGAUCCAAAGAAGAGGAAGACACUCCUGGGUCCUCCUUAGAAAAGCAAACUCCUUCUAAAUACUGCAUAGAAACCUCAGGCAUCCAUAGUUCGGGCUCCAUGGACACCCACAGUCUGGAGUCCAAAGCGGAAAGGAUCGCAAGAUACAAAGCAGAGAGGAGGCGGCAGCUGGCCGAAAAGUACGGGCUGACCCUGGACCCAGAAGCUGACUCCGAAUACUUGUCUCGAUAUGCCAAGUCUCGGAAGGACCCAGAUGUGACUGAGAGACGAGGAAAAAGUGACAAGCAAGAAGAACAGAGCCAGGAUGCCAAUGCCCGGCACUCCAGGACAGAGUCAGGGCCCAGGACCAGCUUGGUGUCGUCCCAGGACUGUACCCCGCUGGGAAGCAACAUGUCUGACCAGGAGCAGCUGCUCAAUGUGGAGAACCAGAGAAGAGUCCAAGAUCCCCCACUAGGAGAAGACGGCUCCUCUGCCUUCUUUUCUGAGCGAAGCAUUUCCUUCCCCGAAGUGCCUAGGUCCCCUAAGCAGAUACCCAGCUCACCACUGCAACAGCCAACCUCCCCAAACCACCCCAGUGACUCACCACUGCCCACAGAGGCCCGAGCCAGUAGUACAGGGAAGCCCACACAUGAGUGGUUUCUGCAGAGAGACUCUGAAGGCGAUACACCUUCCCUUAUCAACUGGCCUUCCAGAGUUAAAGUUAGAGAAAAAUUGGUGAAAGAGGAGAGUGCUCGCAGCAGCCCUGAACUCACCUCAGAGUCCUUAACUCAGAGGAGACAGCAGCCAGCACCAGCACAUUUCCUGCCUAUCCAGUCAGAAAGUUCCACCUUUGAUAGGGUCACCAGCAAAGCAGUGAGCUCAUUGCAGCCAAGCCAGAGUGGUGUUCUGCCAACUGACCCUGUUCAUGCCAUCAAGCUGGUGACCAUGGAUACCCCAGAAAGCACAUCUGAAUUCAGCUGGGUGGGGUCAGCCACCCCAAAAGUUAUAAAAUCUACCACCUUAAAGAUUCUAGAAGGUGGUUCAAGGGAUGCUCCAGUACUCCAUAUUUGUGAGUCAAAAGCAGAAGAUUUGCUCUCCUCAGAACCUCUGGAGAGGAGCCCCAAAUCACUGGUGACCUCAGAAGAUGACAGGCUUGUGAGAGGCCACAAAGACCCCUCUGGUAAUAAAGACUUAGACAAGGCCAUCAUUUGCUCCAUCGAUGCAGAAUCUGAGAGGGAGCGGCAAGUUCAACACCUGCCCACUCAGAGAACUGGCCGGAGUGAAAUGCUCCUGUAUGUUCAGAGUGGUCCUGUUUCCCAAGAUGCCACAUUGACCGGUCACACAAAGGAGGCAUCUCCAAAGAAGCGCAAGGUUCUGGUCCGCUCUCUGUCGGAUUACACAGGUCCCCCUCAGCUCCAGGUCCCCAGACACAAGGAUGAAGCCCCAAGCCAGGAGCUGGAGCUGCAGAGUUCCAGGGCAGAAGGACCUGGUGCAGAAGCCAGCGUGCUGGACACCAGAGUCUCCGUCGCCCAGCUCCGAAACAUAUUUAUGGAGUCAGCCCGAGCCAGCAAGAAACCUGAACUCCAAUCCCGGGUUGAGAGGUCAGCUGAAGGAAUUGGCUUGCCCAUGGAACGAGAGAGAGGGUCUCGGAAACCAAGACGCUAUCUUUCUCCUGGUGAAAGUAGAAAAACUUCUGAGCGAUUUAGAACUCAACCUAUAACCUCAGCAGAGCGAAAGGAGUCGGAUAGGUACCCUUCUGGUUCAGAAAUACCAGUGGUCGAGGAUGAAGAAAAGGUGGAUGAACGGGCCAAGCUGAGUGUUGCUGCCAAGAGGCUGCUUUUCAGGGAAAUGGAGAAAUCCUUUGAUGAACACACUGUCCCAAAGAGACAUUCGAGAAAUGCUGCUGUGGAACAGAGGCUGCGUCGCCUGCAGGACCGUUCACACACACAGCCCAUCACCACGGAGGAAGUGGUCAUUGCAGCUACUGAACCUCUCCCUGCUUCGUGUUCUGGGGUCACCCACCCUGUAACGGCAAGACUUCCUAGCCCCACUGUAGCUAGAAGCACUGUGCAGCCUGCCAGGUUACAAGCAUCUGCUCACCAAAAGGCUUUAGCCAGGGACCAGGCAAAUGAGGGCAGAGAGUCUGCCGAGCCAGGCGAACCUGAUUCCUCCACUCUGAGCUUAGCAGAGAAAUUGGCCUUGUUUAACAAAUUGUCCCAGCCAGUCUCCAAAGCCAUUUCCACCCGAAACAGAAUAGAUGUGCGGCAGAGGAGGAUGAAUGCAAGGUAUCAGACUCAGCCGGUCACUCUUGGAGAGGUGGAGCAGGUGCAGAGUGGGAAACUCAUCUCCUUCUCUCCCACUGUGAACACCUCUGUUUCUAUUAUGGCCUCUGCGGUUGCUCCCACAUAUGCAGGGGACCUUCGGAAGCUAUCUGUUGACAAUAAUACAAGUGCCACUGACUACAAGUCUCCUCCUGCGGAAAACUCAGACUCUCCAGUCAGAAGCAUUCUGAAACCACAAGCGUGGCGGCCUUUGGUAGAGCACAGUGGGAGCAAAGGAAUGCCGGGGGAGUCUGGAAAGACAGAAAGCAAGAAUGCUCUGACUGUGGCUGCAGAAGACAGUGGCGUUCAAACACGAGGAGCCUUCGAGGAGGAAGUGGAGCCCUCCUACCCCAUCCUUGGCAGAGUCAGGGAGGGUGAUGGCCAGAAGGAGCCUGAGCACGUCGCCCUAAGGAGGGGAAGCUUAGAGCUAGGCAACCCUUCUGCUGCACACCGUGGUGAUGAGCUGAAGGAAUUUUCCACUGCUAAAAGCAGUUUGCAAGAGAAUCUAGACCUGAAGGAUAAGCAGGCCUCAGAGGAGAGCACAGAUGUGGAGACUGUCAUGAGGAAGUUCUCACUGAAAGAGUUUGGAGAAACUGCUUCCGAGCAGACGGAGGUGGCUGCCAGGAAAUCCUCUGUUCAGAUGGCGACCCCAGGGGCCUGGAAGCAGCAGGAGUCCUCUGAGCAACUAGCAGAGAAGCUCUUCAAGAAUCCUUGUGCCAUGUUUGCUUCUGGAGAGGUCAAGGUGCCAGGAGGCGACAGUUUCCUGGAUUCACCCAGCAAAACCAUGUCAAUCAAAGAAAGGCUGGCACUGUUAAAGAAGAGUGGCGAGGAAGACUGGAAGAACAGGCUGAUUCGGAAGCAGGAAUAUGGCAAAGCCACUGGCGGCCUGCACACGCAGGAGGUGGAGCAGUCCCUGAAGAAAAAGAGAGUCACAGAAAGUCGAGAGAGCCAGAUGACGAUUGAAGAGAGGAAGCACCUCAUCACUGUGCGCGAGGAAGCAUGGAAGACAAAGGGCAGAGGCGCUGCCAAUGACUCCACACAGUUCACCGUGGCAGGAAGAAUGGUGAAGAAAGGUCUGGCGUCACCCACAUCCAUAACUCCCAUCUCAUCCCCUCUCUGCAGUAAAUCAAGGGGCACUACCCCGGUUUCCAAACCUUUGGAAGAUAUUGAAGCCAGACCAGAUAUGCAGCUGGAAUCAGACCUGAAGUUGGACAGACUGGAAACCUUCCUAAGGAGGCUAAAUAACAAGGUUGCUGGGAUACAGGAAACGGUUCUCACGGUCACUGGCAAAUCUGUCAAGGAGGUGAUGAAGUUGGAUGAUGAUGAAACAUUUGGCAAAUUCUACCGCAGCACUGAUCACAAUAUACCCAGAAGUCCUGUGGAGCUGGAGGAGGACUUCGAUGUCAUUUUCGACCCUUAUGCUCCCAAGUUGACAUCUUCUGUGGCAGAGCAUAAGCGCCAGGUCAGGCCCAAGCGCCGGGUCCAGGCUUCCAAGAACCCUCUCAAGCUGCUGGCAGCACGAGACGACCUCCUUCAGGAAUACACAGAGCAAAGGCUAAACGUGGCCUUCAUGGAGUCCAAGCGGAUGAAAGUGGAAAAGAUGUCAUCCAACUCCAACUUCUCAGAAGUGACGCUGGCAGGCCUAGCCAGUAGGGAGAACUUCAGCAACAUCAACCUGAGGAGUGUCAAUCUGAUGGAGCAAAACUCCAACAACAGUGCUAUGCCCUACAAGAAGCUCAUGCUGUUGCAGAUUAAAGGAAGAAGACAUGUGCAGACAAGGCUGGUGGAGCCCCGAGCCUCAUCACUCAACAGUGGGGAUUGCUUCCUUCUGCUGUCUCCUCAGUUUUGCUUCCUGUGGGUGGGAGAGUUCUCCAAUGUCAUCGAGAAAGCAAAGGCAUCUGAACUUGCAACGUUAAUUCAGACAAAGAGGGAGCUUGGUUGUAGAGCUACAUACAUCCAGACCAUCGAGGAAGGAAUUAACACACAUACUCACGCAGCCAAAGACUUCUGGAAGCUCUUGGGUGGCCAGACCAGUUACCAGUCUGCCGGAGACCCAAAGGAAGAUGAGCUGUACGAGACAGCAAUCAUAGAGACGAACUGUGUCUACCGCCUGACAGAUGACAAACUCGUUCCUGAUGAUGACUACUGGGGGAAGAUUCCCAAGUGUUCCCUUCUGCAGUCCAAAGAGGUCCUGGUGUUUGACUUUGGUAGUGAAGUUUAUGUGUGGCAUGGGAAGGAAGUCACGUUAGCACAACGGAAAAUUGCAUUCCAGCUGGCUAAGCACUUAUGGAACGGAACCUUUGACUAUGAGAACUGUGACAUCAACCCACUGGACCCCGGAGAGUGCAAUCCUCUCAUUCCCAGGAAAGGACAAGGACGGCCUGACUGGGCAAUAUUUGGAAGAGUUACGGAGCACAAUGAGACUAUUCUGUUCAAAGAGAAAUUCCUUGACUGGACAGAGCUGAAGAGACCCACAGAGAAGAAUUCUGGGGAAGUUGUCCAGCAGAAGGAUGACCCGAGGGCUGAUGUCAAGCCCUAUGAUGUGACACGGAUGGUGGCAACGCCCCAGAUUACAGCUGGCACCAUCUUAGAUGGGGUGAACGUUGGCCGUGGCUAUGGCCUGGUGGAAGGAGAUGACAGAAGACAGUUUGAGAUUGCCACUGUCUCUGUGGAUGUGUGGCAUAUUCUGGAAUUUGACUACAGCAGGCUCCCCAGGCAGAGCAUCGGGCAGUUCCACGAGGGGGACGCCUAUGUGGUCAAGUGGAAGUACAUGGCAAGUACAGCAGUGGGAAGCCGACAAAAGGGAGAGCAUCUGGUGAGAGUGGCUGGCAAAGAGAAGUGUGUCUAUUUCUUCUGGCAAGGCCGGCACUCGACCGUGAGUGAGAAGGGAACGUCAGCUCUCAUGACAGUAGAACUGGAUGAAGAGAGGGGGGCCCAGGUCCAGGUCCUGCAGGGAAAGGAGCCACCCUGCUUCCUUCAGUGUUUCCAAGGGGGUAUGGUGGUGCACUCCGGACGGAGGGAAGAGGAAGAAGAAAACGUGCAAAGUGAAUGGAGACUGUAUUGUGUGCGAGGAGAGGUGCCCAUGGAAGGGAACUUGCUAGAAGUGGCCUGUCAUUGCAGCAGCCUGAGGUCCAGGACUUCCAUGGUCGUUCUGAAUAUAAACAAGGCCCUCAUCUACCUGUGGCACGGAUGCAAAGCUCAAGGUCAUACGAAGGAGGUUGGAAGGACUGCAGCAAAUAAGAUCAAGGAAGAAUGUCCCCUGGAAGCAGGUUUGCACAGCAGCAGCAACGUGACAAUACAUGAGUGUGACGAAGGAUCCGAGCCCCUGGGAUUCUGGGACGCUCUGGGGAGGAGGGACAGGAAGGCCUAUGACUGCAUGCUUCAAGAUCCUGGAAGUUUUAACUUCGCGCCCCGCCUGUUCAUCCUCAGCAGCUCCUCCGGAGACUUCUCUGCGACAGAGUUUGUGUACCCCGCACAAGCGCCCUCUGCCGUCAGCUCCAUGCCUUUCCUGCAGGAGGAUCUGUACAGUGCGCCGCAGCCAGCUCUCUUCCUUGUUGACAACCAUCACGAGGUGUACCUCUGGCAAGGCUGGUGGCCCACCGAAAACAAGAUAACCGGCUCUGCCCGCAUUCGCUGGGCCUCAGACCGGAAGAGUGCCAUGGAGACGGUCCUGCAGUAUUGCCGAGGAAAGAAUCUCAAAAGGCCACCCCCCAAGUCUUACCUUAUUCAUGCUGGGCUAGAGCCCCUGACAUUCACCAACAUGUUUCCCAGCUGGGAACACAGAGAAGACAUUGCUGAAAUCACAGAAAUGGACACUGAAGUUUCCAACCAGAUCACCUUGGUGGAAGAUGUAUUAGCCAAGCUCUGUAAAACCAUCUAUCCACUGGCAGAUCUGCUUGCCAGGCCACUCCCAGAGGGGGUAGACCCUCUAAAGCUUGAGAUUUAUCUCACAGAUGAAGACUUCGAGUUUGCACUCGACAUGUCCAGAGAUGAAUUCAACGCACUGCCCACAUGGAAGCAAGUGAACUUGAAGAAAUCAAAGGGCCUAUUCUGAGGGGUAGAUGACGGGGCCACAGAGAAGUCGCUGCCACUAGACCAGGAAAUGAAUGGAGAUAUAUAUUUGGACUAGUAGUUUUUCUGUCAAAGAAGAAAGUAUUUUUGAAUCAGAGUUUUUCAAAACCUACAGCUUGUUCUAGAGUUGAGCAUUCUGUAAAUGUAUAGGAGAACUCUUCUGAUUGCUCUUUUCCACAGUUCAGGUGAACUGAAAAGAAAAGUGUCUCUUCCGUUCCCCUCAGCCAAGUGCUGCCUCAGUGGCCGCUGCAGCCCUACCCUUCUGGUCUGGCUCAGCAUUGCCUUUUUUAAAGCAAUUCUCUUUAUAAAGUGUUAUUUUGAUAGUUUGUGAAUUCUAAAUAUAUAUAUAUUUAUAUAAACACAUAUAAAUCAAGUAUGUAUUUAACAAAGCAAUAUGUAUUCAUUCACUUGCAACUGUUUUCUUUGGUGUCAAAACAAUAUUACCAAGUAGAGGACCGUGUCGCUUCUGUCGAGGUAAGCCUACACCAGUCUGCCCCGUGCUCAGGAGUGCCUCCUUCAGCCUUAGGUCUGGCUUGUGCUAAGUUCUGCUUCCGGUGCUAAGGCAAACAAAGACUUUGUAUUCCUAGUGUGAACUCUGAAGAAUCAACCUUUCUACCUUAAUGUCUCCCCCCAGAAAUGUAUAGUGCCUUGUUUUAUGUACAGUUUAUAUACAGAAAAGUUUGCCCUGCUUUUUUGAUGCUGGUUUGGAAUAUUAUCUACAGCUUUAUUCUCAGUAGAAAUAAAAACAUCUCAAUUUCUCAUACCCAUUGUAAACAUUACACAUGUCAUUUUGUGGCACAGGAUCCCAAAAUAAAAUAUCAAAGUAAUCCCAA